AGCCAAGUCAACCAACAGUCUUUGAUUAUAUAUAAAUAUGUGAAAAAGUAAUGAGAACCAUAACAACCUCAAAAAGCUAAAUAACCAUGAAUAACAAAACCCACAUAGCCAUUUUCCCUAGCCCUGGUGUUAGUCACCUAAUUCCCUUCAUUGAGUUCACCAAACGUCUUCUUCUUCUCCACAACUUUCACAUUACAUGCUUCAUUCUCACCACUACUGAUGAUUACAGUGCUCCAUCUCCAGCCAAAAAGGCAAUUCUUAACUCUCUACCGGCUGCCAUAGACAUCAUCUAUCUUCCUCCAGUUAGCUUUGAUGACCUUCCUAAAGACUCCAAUCCUGAAUUGAAACUUUCACACAUUAUAACUCACUCACUCUCUUCUCUUCAAACCGAGUUAAACUCUUUACUAAUUAGUACUAAUUCUACCCCAUUAACUGCUUUCUUUGCUGAUCCUUUUGGUGUAAAAGCCUUAGAAGUCUCCAGAGGAUUAAACAUUCCUACUUUUGUAUUCUUCCCUACAAAUGUUGUUGUAUUGUCUUUGCUCUUCCACUUGCCCAUGUUGGACAAGUCAUUCUCUUCUCGAUUCCUAAGAGACUUACCCGACUUGAUCAAAUUACCUGGCUGUGCACCCCUUCAUGGUAAGGAUGUGUUAGAACCGAUCCAAGAUCGCCAAACUGAGACUUACAAGUCAUUUCUUAACAUGUCUAAAGAGUUUUACUUGGCGAAUGGUAUCAUCAUCAAUAGCUUUUCGGGUAUUGAAUCCGAAGCAAUAAAAGCUUUGCAAGCAAAUGAAGGAAUGGUUCCUAUCUUUCCAGUGGGGCCAAUCGUGCAAAAUGGCCCAACUAAUACAAAUGGGGCAGAGUAUUGUUUGAGCUGGUUGGAUAAGCAACCAAGUCGCUCUGUUCUGUACGUUUCUUUCGGUAGCGGUGGGACACUUUCUAGUGAUCAGAUGACAGAGUUGGCAUUUGGAUUGGAAAUGAGUGGGCAGAAGUUUAUAUGGGUAGUGAGGAAGCCAAACAAUGAAUAUGCUAACGCUGCAUAUCUCAAAGAUGGUCAAAGCCAAUUUGAGGCUACUGAUGUCUUACCAAAAGGGUUUUUGGAGAGAACCAAAGGGCAAGGUUUGGUUAUGCAAUCUUGGGCUCCACAAACUCUGGUGCUGAGCCAUGGCUCGACUGGAGGGUUUUUAAGCCACUGUGGUUGGAGCUCAACCCUUGAGAGCAUGGUCGAAGGGGUACCACUAAUUGCGUGGCCACUUUUUGCAGAGCAAAAAAUGAAUGCAGUUAUGCUUGUAGAUGGGCUAGAAGUAGCGUUGCGACCAAUAGAAGCUGAAAAUGGGAUUGUUGGACGAGAUGAAAUUGCGAGAGUUGUGAAGGUGGUGAUGGAUCGAAGUUGUGAAGAGGGUAAAAAAGUUAGAGAGCGUAUGAAUGAGUUUAAAGAUGCGGCUGCUAAAGCACUUAGUCACGAUGGUUCUUCCACGAGAGCACUCUCGGACUUGGCAUUUGCUUUAAGAAGUAAGAAAUCCAAUUAGCUAUAUAGCUAGGCUACGUCUCUUUCAAUUUGGUUUUCUUCUAUUGUAAUGUUGUUAUAAAUAAUAAUAAUAAUAAAAUGCACAAUUUGGUUUGGCGUGUAUCUCAGGUAAGUAUUGUCUCUUUAUUCUUAUAGUUAUUGGGGACAAUGUGAAUUUUUAGUUUGGAAAAAAAACUUAAGUUUUUAAUUAAUUAAUUUAUUUUUUAC